GCAUAAAACGUAGGAAGACAGGAAAGUAGGAGCGCCCCCACCGCCUUGGUCUCCAUGUUAUGACAAAGCAGCACAGACAUCCGACUGGAAAGACCAGACGUCUUCUUCUCAUACACCUUAAACGCGAUUAAAGAGGAAUUCUUAGGAAUUAACACACAACACGUUCACGAAAAUGCCCACCAUUAAGCUCCAGAGCUCGGAUGGGGAAAUCUUCGAGGUGGACGUGGAGAUAGCCAAACAGUCUGUCACCAUUAAAACCAUGUUGGAAGAUUUGGGAAUGGACGACGAAGGAGACGACGACCCCGUUCCCCUUCCCAACGUCAACGCGGCCAUUCUUAAAAAGGUGAUCCAGUGGUGCACCCACCACAAAGACGACCCCCCUCCCCCUGAGGAUGAUGAGAACAAGGAGAAGAGGACCGACGACAUUCCCGUCUGGGAUCAGGAGUUCCUCAAAGUGGACCAAGGCACCUUGUUUGAACUCAUUCUGGCCGCCAACUAUUUGGACAUCAAGGGUCUGCUGGACGUGACGUGCAAGACGGUGGCCAACAUGAUCAAAGGCAAGACCCCCGAGGAGAUCAGGAAGACCUUCAACAUCAAGAACGACUUCACAGAGGAAGAGGAGGCCCAGGUACGCAAAGAGAACCAAUGGUGCGAAGAGAAGUAGAAGAACACUAAGACACUGAAUAGGAACGCGUCCGCUUACCGCUUGCACUGGUGUUCCCGUCGACUCCAACCCCCCCGUAGAACCCCAGCAGACCUGUCAUUAUUUAAAGAACGCUUGUCUUGCACACGCCCGGUGUCGUCUGCGUUUGCCAUCACGUUUUCCCUCGUUUGCUCCGCCCCCCCAUGCCCCCCUCCAGUAGGACUUUUUUACUGCUCGUCUUAGUUUGGACAAUGUUAGAUGGAAUCGUAACGUUUGUGCUGUUGAGGUGGUUGCCAGGUUGGCUGCCUUCAUUCCUAACUGACGUCACCUCGGAGGGGAAAAUCCGCUCACAUCGUCUCGUUGACUUUGAACAGAGAAAAUAAAAUGGCCGCAAAACGA